AUGUAGGAUUCGUUAAAGACAAUCGUAAUAAAAGUCCGUGUGAUGUUUAACAGUUUUAAUUAAUAAAAUAGAUAACUAAAUUAUAGAUACUAUUAAAUUGACGAAAUGUAAAAGUGUUUGUGUAAUUGCGACCAAAAUUUUACGUGUGUACUUACAAAAAGAAAUGUGUUUUGAAAUAACUGCGUCUAAUGAAUAUUAUAACCGGCUUGUCUUAAUACCCGGCUUAAAGCAUCUCUUUAAGCGUAUUUUUCGAUUAUCCCAAAAAACACACGUCCGUCGAGGUCCUGAUGUUAAAAUCGACUCCCUAUACAACCCCAACGCUAAAUAAAAUUCUCUUACUGCUAAUCUCCCUUUUCCGUUUUCUCCUGAGAACCAACCUAUUAAAAUUGGAUCAAAGUAUGUACCGACUUUUUCCAAUAAACGAAAACCAAUAAAAUUAGUCAAGGCGGCUACUGUUUAUCUUAAACUCCGAUUCCAAACGAUUCGCACAUGUGGCAUAUGUGUUCGUAUGCGUGAGACCCUUUUUUCGUGCUCGUAAUAAUAUUUGAGAAAAAAAUAUAUAUACAGUAGACUUAAAAACAUAAAGUAAAAUAUUUACAAUUCUACAUAAUAUAGGUAACUAUUUUUUAAUGUCUAUUUUUUUUCUUUUUUUUUUCAGAGUUUUUCCACCAGCUGUUAGCAACAGCCCUUUAUGGCAGCUAAGUGCCAAAAUUUCAAAAAUUGGCAGAAGCCACCAGUUUCUACACAUAUGACACACCGAGUAACUACUAUACACCUCGCGCCUUUGCGCAGACAGUUUUGUAGAGAUUUGAAAGAAUGGCCAACCAGAACGCGGAUACCAAAAAGGCUGUAUCAUCCAAUACCAUUCAACUUGAGAAAAUUAAGUCACCAUUAGAGACUCAGGAUAAUGAAAACGCAGAAAAGUUGCAUACACCUUUAAUCAAAGAACAGCUUAAUAAUACAGUUACGCUUUUUUCUCCCACCAAUGCUUCUAGAGCAAAAUCAGGUCUCAUACUGAAUGAGAAAAAUAAUAUUAAAACACAGAAGAUUAAAAACAGUAAUGUAUAUGCCAAUCCCAUUAACUCUGACAAUCUAGUAACACAAAAAUUACUGCUUUGCAAUAAGGAAGAAGACCACAGGCCAGUGUUACAUGUCCAAUUUAACAGUGAUAGUCGUAGUCAAAUGUCUGCAGUAAAAAAAUCAUGUUCUAUUGUUAAUUCAGAUAUUUCUUCUUCCUCGUCUUCCAGCGAAUCUUUAGAUGACAUUUCAGAAACUCGACCUCCAGACGGUGGCUGGGGUUGGGUUAUAGUGUUAGCUUCUUUCGUGGUCAAUUUAAUAGCCGAUGGAAUAACGUUCAGUUUUGGUGUGAUUUUCGUUGAGUUCUUAAAUUAUUUCGGUGAAAACCGCGGUACUACAGCAUGGGUUGGUGGAUUGUUUAUGGCGAUGCCACUUCUGUCAGGACCUGUGGCUUCGUUUCUUACAGAUCGGUACGGAUGCCGUACAGUGACAGUUUGUGGUGCCAUAAUGGCAUCUACAGGGUUUGUGAUCAGUUCUACAACAAACUCCAUGACAGUACUGUGUAUUACUUUUGGUGUUUUGUCUGGAUUUGGUUUGAGCUUGUGCUAUGUAGCUUCAGUAGUAAUAGUAGCUUAUUACUUCGAUAAAAAACGUUCUUUUGCUACUGGGUUAGCAGUGUGUGGUAGCGGAAUAGGAACCUUCAUCUUCGCACCAUUAAUUCAACUUCUUCUUGACGAGUACGGAUGGCGAGGUACUACCUUGAUUCUCGCUGGUCUGUUCUUAAAUCUAAUCGUUUGUGGUGCACUUAUGCGAGACUUACCGUGGACAUCACAAAAGCAGAAACAGUUGGCCAAAGAACGAAAGCAAAUCAGAUACUUAAAACGGAAACAGAAAGAAGCUUCGGCUGAUUCUUUUUCUGUUAGCAACAGUACAAAUACAGCGAGUGUGUUACAAGCGAUUACGGAAGAGAAGGAACAAGACCAGGAGGUUUGCGAUAAAAGAUUGAGCAGCUCCUUGGUCAAUUUGCCCACGUACGUGAGGAAUGGAGAAAAGGUUCCCUUGGAGGUUUUAGAGCUGUUGGCGCGAAAUAAGACUGUCAAUAACGUACUAGCAGCCAACUAUCCGAACUUUCUCGCUUCUUCUAGGAGUUUCAGCGAUUCUGGAAAAGUCCACGAAGGAGUUCCAAUCAAUUCCAAACAUGCAGCUACUCAAUCCCAACUGCCACCUGUUACUAAUAAUGUUAAUUGCCUUAAUUCGAAUAUUUGGGCUCCUAAGAAAGAGACCGAAUCUCUACCUCCCAAUCAUGCUCACAAGAAAGUACCUACAGCUUACUUAAGAGAUCUCAGAAUUCACAGGCUCUCUGUUACUUAUAGGGGAGCUAUGCUUAAUAUAAACAGGUAUCGUCUUAGAGCAAGCUCUUGUCCAGACAUCUACAGAAAUUCCAUGACAACCAUCGCCAAGGAAAAGGGCGUUUGGUACGCCGGAUUCUGGGACUUUUGGGAUCUCAUUGUUGAUAUGUUUGAUUUUUCGUAUUUCGCCGAUCCCAAGUUUUGUAUUUUUGCCAUAUCAAAUUUUCUGCUUUAUACAUGGUACGAUGUUCCGUAUGUGUAUCUUACGGAUAAUGCGAGAAAAAAUGGCUAUUCCGAAAAUGAUGCAUCCAUGCUUAUAUCCAUUAUCGGAAUUAUUAAUAUGAUAGGGGAGAUUAUAUUGGGAUGGGCAGGAGACAGGCGAUGGGCCAACGCAAACUUAAUCUACGCAUUGUGUAUGGUUCUUUGUGGCGGCGUUAUUGCGCUGGUUCCAGUUAUUACAAAUUAUCCGAUUCUUUUAGCAGUUUCUGGAGCGUUUGGCUUUUUUAUAGCAGCCAAUUAUUCGUUAACCUGCAUCAUAUUGGUGGAAUUAAUUACAUUAGAUCGAUUUACGAACGCGUAUGGACUGCUGUUGUUGGUCCAAGGUGUGGCGAAUUUACUCGGACCGCCGCUGGCAGGUUGGAUAUACGAUGUGACCGGCACAUACAGUUUAUCCUUCUACCUGGCAGGCAUUUUCAUAGCAAUAUCUGGUCUCAUGUUGGUUAUAAUACCCAUAGUUAAUAGAUGUAAAAAAUGUAUGCGCAAAGACGAAGAAUCCUUAAAACCCUCAGUAGAUUGUGAUGUUCCCUGUGAACCAAAAAAUAGGAAUUAAUUAUUGUAUAAAGUUAAACCGUAGGAAUAUUA